CAGGCCGGUGAUGAGUCAUGGAAGCAAGUUCGGCAAGCACGAGGCAUCCACGGGUUGGUCGAUAAUCGGAAUCUGUCUGAAGCGAACCGGUUCAGCUGACGGAUAACGGAGAUAGAUUACGCGAUUGGUUACACAGCCAGAUGGUGUAUGACUCCGGCUCAACCGCAGACUCUCUCUUUCAUCCCUUUUCUAUAUAAGACCGGCUACAUUUCCCCCUGAUGGCCCCCAACCGCUGUCCCCCGACAUGCAUUACUCUGCAAAGCACGCAGAAGCCUCUCGUCUCCUCGAUCCCUCUUACUUACUACUCAACGACUCACAACUACCAGCCCCGCGUCUACAUAGACCGCAAGGGCAAUAUGCAUGAUCCAGACUACCGCCACUUUCCCGUGCUUUCAUCGUCCCCAGCCUCAUCCAGCUCGUCCUCGUCGUAUUCUCAUUCACGGCCUACCUGGGAAACAGGCUACCAGUCGGCCAUUCCCGACGAUGACGAUGACAUCCAGGGCGACUACUACGACCCUUUCACCAACCACGCGCUCAGGCGCUCAUCCUCCCUCACGCGCCCUACCACGCCUUACUACCCCUUCUCCUCCUCACCCAUAUCAGACUUUGAGUCGCCCUUUGACGACGGUCUCGAGGAGAAGCCAUGCAGCGUGAUGAAGAAGGCUUUCCGUCCGCGCAAGUGUCGCGAGAAGCGCCGCGCGUCUCUAGACUCUACCAUGGAAGAGUCCUACUACCCCGAGGCAGAGGCAGUCCCAGAAUUGGAAACAGACGAAGAAGAUGAGGAGCGUCACGAGAAGGAGGAACGUCCCGCUCCCACAUGCUCAGAGGCGAUGAAGAAGCAGUGGCAGUCGAUUUCGCUCACAGUUAGCUUUGGGGUUUUCAGAGCUAGGCGGAGGAUGAGGAGGGUGCUCAGUCGUUAAAUCAACACAUUUUUGCUGAGUUUCCCUUUCACUUCUUUGCAUCUCAUACCCACAUCAUACCCCGCAUCGUCUGUACACCUUCGCAAUCGCAUCACAUCACAUCAAUUUGUAUCGUUUAUCUUUUCGCACUUUCGAGAUACCUUUUUUCUCUUUUCAUGCACACGGUUAUAUUUUUCAUACAUGUAUCUUUACUUUUUUACAUGCGCCAAGACCCGAAUGACA